AUGUUUUUUAAAAAGAAGAAAGAUUCAAAAGAUGAUAUUCCCACUUCACCAUCACCAAACACUUUAGCACCACCAAGUGGAGGCUUUAGAAUUGGAUCAGUUUCAAGUGGUGCUUCAACUGAACAAUUAGAUCAAAUUGCUCAAAACAAACAAAAAAUUCCAUCAUUAUUCAGAUUAUUAGCAGAACAUAAAUUAUCUGAAAAAGAAAUAUGGGAAGGUGAUCAUAUGUUAUUCUCAAUUUUAUAUCAAUUUAAAAGUCAAUUAAAUAAGACUGAAUCACCACCAAAUGUUAUUACAUUCCAUUUACCAGGUAUUCCAGAAUUUGGUGAUAUUAAAAAGAAAUCAUAUAAAAUAAAUAAGAAAUUUACAAUUCAACAAACCAUUGGUCUCAUUUGUAAGAAACAAAUGAUUCCAGAUCCAAAGAGAUUUUGGAUUGGUUCAAUACAAGGUUUCAUUAUGAAUGAUCAUGAAACUUUAGCAUCAUAUGGUCUUAGUUCACUCUUUGAAUCUUGGGAAUUAAGAUUAAUUUUAAAGGAAGAUAUUUUAUCAAAAUCACCAUAUAGAUAUCAACCAAUUGAAUCAAUUGGUACAGAAUUUAUAGUUGUAUUUGAAUUACCACCAUUAGAACAAUUUAAUGGAUUAAAGAAACAAAGUGUUAAGGUUGAUUCAAAUCAAACUAUUAAACAAAGUAUUGUAAACAUUUGUAAAAAAUAUAGAGUUGAAGAACCAGAUAGAUUUUCAGCAAUGACGAUUGAUGAUAAUCCAUUGGUUGAGUUUGUUUUAUUUGGAGGUGCAUGUUUCAAACAUUAUGGUUUAGGAUUUAAAUUUAAGAAAUGGGAUUUAAAGAUUGUAUUCAAUGAUUUAAUACCACCAUACGUUCAUCGUCACACUGUUAUACCAAUGCAUGGUUGGACUCAGGUUUCACCAGGUCAAUUAGAUCCAAUGACAGCACGUACUAUUAUCAAUGAUUUAGAGGAGAAAUGUCAAGGAUAUCAAGCACACAUUCAAAAAUUAAAUAAUGAUAUCGAUGGUGGUAAUCAAGUUUCAGCAAGUCAUGUAGCAGAGAUUGAACGUUUACGUGAGGAAAUUAAACGUUUGAAUCAAGUGAUCGACGAAGAACGUGAAUCAACAAGUCAACAAAAUGAACAAUAUGAAGGUCGUUUAUCAUCAUGUAACCAAGAGAUUGAAUCACAAUCGGUUCAACUUAAAUCACUCAGAGGUAAAGUCGAUGAAGUUUGUCAUUUACUCUCAAGUCUUAAGGCACAACAUGAAGAGUUACAAUCAAAUUACAACGUUUGCAAAGCAGAGAAAGAACAACUCGAACAACAAUUGGAAGAGUCAACCAAUGACGUUCAAGAAUUUAAACUUAAACUUUCAACAGCUAAAAGUGCAGCAGUUGAAUCUGAACAAAAUUUCACCGCAAUGAUUGCUCAAUUGGAAAAGGAGAAAGCAAUCAUCAAAGAGGAGGUAUUGAGAGCCACAAGCGAGAAAGAAGACACUGAAGAGAAUGUUAAAUCACUUCAAGCAUCACAAGCCGUAUUGGUCACUCAAUUACAAGACGACAUUUCAAGUCUCACUCGUGAUAAGGAACUCUUGGCACUCUCAAUGCAAAAAGCCACCCUCGAACGUAAAGAAGCCGUUGUACUCCAAGAGAAAGCUGAAAAGAAAAUGGUGGAAAUGCAAUCAGAAAAGAAACGUGUCGAAAGACAAUUUGGUGAUCUCGAGAGAGAAAGAGAUGUACUCCGUCAACAAGUUCAAAUCAAAGUUGAUGAAAUUCAAGACGUCCAAAAGGAUUUGGAAUGGUCACGUGAAACCGUCGCCGACCUCGAACGUCGUUUAGUCAAUCUCAAUGGUGAAUGUCAAAUGUUUAAAGAUAUCAAAAAUAAAGAGGUUGAAAAGAAUAAGAAAUCCACAAGUGAAGAAUCCAAAUCAAAGAAUGAACUCGAACAAGAGAAACAAAAAACACUCACAAUUCAAACUCAACUCAACAAGAAAAUCAAUGACCUCCUCUCCAAACAAAAAACUCAAGAAGCCGCCUUCAAAAAUGCUGAACAACUCUUUAAGAAGAGAGAAUUGGAAUUGGCAAGUGAAAUGCAAGAAUUUGCAGAGAAAUAUGAACAACUCAAACAAUCCAUUUCAAAUGGUUCCAUCAAAGAUGGUUCUACCGUUCCAUCAUUACAAGUUCCAACUUCAUUGGCUAACAUUGUUGGUAAUCAUAGACAAGCAACAACUGUUGGUGAUUCAAUGGUUUCAUCUCCUUUAAAUUUAAAUGAAAAUAAACCAACUGUUCCUUCUUCUUCCUCCUCCUCUUCACCUGAUACUGAUUGUCAACCAAAAGAACUCUCAUUCAUUGCUGAUGGACUUUAUAAAUCACUUCAAAAUCGUUUCCAAACUACAAAUAAAGAAGGUGUUGAAGAAUUAGAACUAUCUUCUGAUUCCUCAGAUAAUGAAAAUUAA